CUCAUCUGGGGGGAUCGGGUACUGAUCCCCACCGCGCUCCGGCCACUAGUUCUGGAUCUGCUCCACAAGGACCACCCGGGCAUAGCACGAAUGAAGGCAUUAGCCCGUAGCUAUGUAUGGUGGCCCUUGCUGGACACAGAGAUAGCGGCCCAUGUGGGCUGCACGACCUGUCAAUUAUCCAGGCCCAACCCCCCUGCCGGGCCUGCUCAUGAGUGGGAGGCUCCGAGAGGCCCAUGGUCUCGCCUCCACAUCGAUUUCGCUGGUCCCUUCCACGGCCAGAACUUCCUGGUUGUGGUGGAUGCCUACUCUCGGUGGGUGGAGCUAGUCCUCAUGGGCUCUACCACAGCCGAGAGUACGGUCAGGGCUCUACGGAAACUGUUCGCAACCCAUGGGUUGCCGGACGUGAUGGUUUCGGACAAUGGGCCCCAGUUCACAUCCACCACCUUCCAGGAGUUCUUGGCGAGGGUGGCGGCUUACCUGCUAAGCCAACAUUCCACCCCCUGCCCAGCUACCAACAAAAGCCCCGCGGAGCUCUUGAUGGGCCGGCGUCUGCGGACUUCCCUGGAUAGGCUUCACCCGCUCUAUUCAGGGGAUCAGCCGAGCAAUCUGGGGGUUCUCCCUCCCCGGUCCUUUAAGUUAGGGGAUCCCGUGUGGGCUCGGUCCUUUGCGGGGGAACCAAGAUGGGUGCCUGGUUCUAUCGUUGCCCUGACCGGCCCAUGUUCUUUUAGGAUCCAAUUGGCUGAUGGAUCCCAAUGGAGACGCCACCUGGAUCAAUUAAGGAGGCGUCUCCCGUCGCAGGCUGGUGGCCGCGAACCCCCGAGUGACAACACCGCAGUACCGGGGUUGCAAUGUGAAGCCUUCGCCACUCCAGGCCUCAACCUGCUGUGUCAACCACAAAGUCCUCAAGCUGAGAGACCGCCCUGCCUACCCAGGCGCCAGCUACAAGGACGCCAGCCCAACAGCUCAAUCCGAGAACACUACCCAGAGGGUCCCUCCUACGACCAGUGA